CUGCCGCUCUGUCAGUCAGUGUUUCGCAAACCCCUAUAGCGUUCAUACGGAAAGAUGAAGUGCAUAACGAUUAUCGUAUUUACGAUCGCGUCUUGUUACGCUGCAGAAUUCAGUGAAAGACCAAGGAAUUUUAGCAUAGAACUAUUAUAUCACACCCAGUUAGAAACAAAUGGACAUGUAGUGAUAUCACCUUUUGGAAUUUGGAGUUUGAUGGCCGGCGUAGCGCUUGGAACUUCCGGCAACAGCAGAAGCCAACUCACAAGAGCAUUCGUGUUACCGCCGCAAGAUGAAAUGAUUAUAGACGGAUAUGCGAACUUAACUCAAACAGUGUUGGACCCAACAACAAAAGGUGUUUCUUUUACAACUAGAAACUUUCUCUUCUUAGACAAUGGUUUCAAUAUAAUUGACAAUUUCAAAAGAACACUGACUAAAGAUUUUGGAGCCAUGGUUAAAAAUCUAGACUUUAAAGAUUCAACAUCAGCUGCUCGUAUUGCGAAUUCAAUAAUAGAAUCUUCUGGUGCAACCGUUUCGAAUGUGAUGCGUUCAGACGACUUUGCAGAAUCAAGGAUGAUCUUGACUAAUGUUAUAUCAUUCAAAGGAUUAUGGUCAUCACCGUUCAACGUUUCGGAUACGACACGGGAACCGUUUUAUGAUGAGAAUAAAAAUCUGCUUGGCGAUGUGAAUAUGAUGUAUCAAAGAGCUCCAUUGCCUUACUCCCAUAUUAAGGAGAUGAAAGCUUUUGUUUUGCAACUUGCAUAUGGUAACGAUGCAAAGUAUUGCAUGCUCAUUGUAUUACCAUACCCAAAGGUCAGUGUGAAAGAUGUGUACGCGAAGUUUACAACCGUGUCCUUCAAAGACAUAUUCAACAAACUCGACGAUGACGUAAAAGAGUUCGGAUUGGAGGAUGUUGACGCUAAAAUACCGAGAUUUAAAAUAAGCACCAACAUCGUAUUAAACAAGCCGUUGAAUAAAAUGGGUGUGUACGAUAUAUUUAGUCCAAAGAAGGCCAACUUCCAACAGAUUACAAAGGAAGAAAUAUACAUUUCCGCGAUAGUACACAAAGCUGACAUCGAAGUCACAGAGUCUGGGACAGUGGCUUCGGCAUCUACUUCAGCUUAUUUUGCCGAUCGUAUAUCUACACCAAAUUUUGAGGCAAAUAGACCUUUCAUAUAUUUUGUAAUGGAAAGAUCGUCGGCUACUGUUAUAUUUGGUGGAAUUUAUUCUAAGCCAAGUGUGUUUUAGUUGACGGAAUUGUUGAACGAUUUGACUGAACAUUUAUUUAGUUGUUUAAAGUUAUUAUGGUUUUGAACUGUGUUCAAUAAAUACAUACCUACUUGUGCAUUGAAAUAACAAAAAUACUCAAAGCCAGUAUUGUGUUGCUUUUGUUAAUAAUUAUAAUAACGUCCUCUUUAUGGACAAGACUGAAAAUAUGUGUCAUGAAAAUAUUUGUUAAUAUA